CCCAGCGAUGUAGCUAACUUCUGUCUUCUCUUCCUCCCGCUCGCCAAGAAAACCUAGAACCCUGGGAGGGAUUUCCAUUCUCCGCCAUGAAUUUUCGCUUCCAGAACCUCCUCGGCGCCCCGUACCGCGGCGGCAACGCCGUAGUCGCGGAGAACACUGUCCUCUACUCCCCCGUCGGCAACCGCGUCGCCGCCACCGACCUCGCCAAGUCCCAAACCGUAACCCUCCCCUUCGAGGCCUCAUCCAACAUUGCCCGCAUCGCCGUUUCCCCGGACGGCAACUUCCUCCUCGCCGUCGACGACGCCGCUCGCGCCCUCUUCGUAAACCUCCGCCGCCGCGUGGUCCUCCACCGGAUGACCUUCAAGAAGCCCGUCGCUGCUCUCCGCUUCAGCCCGGAUGGCGCUCUUAUCGCCGUGGGCCUCGGCAAGCUCGUUCAGAUCUGGCGGUCUCCGGGUUUCCGGAAGGAGUUCUUCCCCUUCCACCUCGAGCGGACGCUUCCGGAUUGCGCCGCUGCCGUGACGACUCUGGACUGGAGUCCGGACUCCAAGUACCUCCUCGUCGGGUCGAAGGAUCUCACCGUGAGGCUCUUCUGUAUGCAGAGAUUGAAGGGUUCUCGUAAACCCUUUCUGUUUCUAGGGCACAGGGAUGCCAUUGUUGGUGCCUUCUUUAGGACCGAGAAGAAAACCGAUAGGAUUCGCAGGGUGUACACUGUAUCAAGAGAUGGAGCCAUUUUCACCUGGAAUUUGGAGGAAAGUCGAAAUCUUGAUGACUCCAAAGAGGAUAUUUCGGAUCCUCCUUCUCCCGGUACACCCGAGCAGAGGCCUCCUGGAAGAAUUGCCAAUGAAAAUUCUGUCGAAUUCGAAAACAAUGACAUAAAACCAAUGAAUUUGGACGGUCUUGAUGCUGAAGAAUCAGAAAUCUCCCUCCAUAGAGCAAAAUGGGAGUUGUUAAAGAAGGAUUUUUUCAUGCAAGCACCAGAAAAGUUAACAGCUUGUGAUUACCACCAGGAGCUUGAUAUGGUCGUGGUUGGGUUUUCCCAUGGGGUUUUCGGGCUGUAUCAGAUGCCAGACUUUGUCUGCAUUCACUUGCUUUCUAUAUCUAGGGAGAAGAUCACCACUGCAGUAUUUAACAAGCUUGGAAACUGGUUAACAUUUGGUUGUGCGAAGCUUGGGCAGCUGCUUGUAUGGGAGUGGCGAUCGGAGAGCUAUAUUCUAAAACAACAGGGUCAUUAUUUUGAUGUGAAUUGUAUAGCAUAUUCGCCUGACUCCCAGAUGCUGGCUACAGGGGCUGACGAUAACAAAGUCAAGGUGUGGACAGUUUCAUCUGGGUUUUGUUUCAUAACAUUUUCUGAGCACACUAAUGCUGUUACUGCAGUCCAUUUUAUGGCCAAUAACCAUUGUCUUCUGAGUGCAUCUCUAGAUGGGACUGUUCGUGCCUGGGAUUUAUUUCGUUAUCGGAACUUCAAAACAUUUACUACUCCUUCUCCCAGGCAGUUUGUAUCUUUAACAUCAGACCCAAGCGGUGAGGUGAUCUGUGCUGGAACUCUUGAUUCUUUUGAGAUAUUUGUUUGGUCAAUGAAGACUGGCCGUUUGUUGGAUGUCCUUGGCGGUCAUGAGGGACCAGUUCAUGGUUUAAUGUUUUCACCUACAAAUGCUGUUCUGGCUUCGUCUUCAUGGGACAAAACUGUUCGAUUGUGGGAUGUUUUUGAAGGGAAAGGUGCAGUAGAAACAUUUCCACACACACAUGAUGUUCUUACUGUAGUAUAUCGUCCAGAUGGAAAGCAGCUGGCUUGCAGCACAUUAGAUGGUCAAAUUCAGUUCUGGGAUCCUAUAGAUGGCCUUUUGAUGUGCACAAUUGAGGGCCGCAGGGACAUUGCUGGUGGACGUCUCAUGUCAGAUAGGAGAUCAGCUGCUAAUUCAAGUUCAGGAAAGUAUUUUACAACUUUGUGCUAUUCAGCUGAUGGAAGCUAUAUUCUAGCUGGAGGGAGUAGCAAAUACAUUUGCAUGUAUGAUGUUGCAGACCAGGUAUUGCUUAGGAGAUAUCAAAUUACUCGCAAUCUCUCCCUGGAUGGAGUUCUUGAUUUUUUGAAUUCUAAGAGGAUGACAGAUGCUGGUCCAUUAGAUUUGAUUGAUGAUGAGAAUAGUGAUGUUGAAGAAGGGAUUGAUCGACAAACACGUGAGAAGAUAGGACAUGAUUUACCUGGAUCGAUGCCCAAUCGUGGGCGGCCUGUUGUUCGCACAAAAUGUGUGAGAAUUGCACCAACAGGAAGAUGUUGGGCAGCUGCAACUACUGAGGGUGUUCUUGUGUACUCUUUCGACGAGUCCUUCGUAUUUGACCCCACCGACCUUGACAUAGAUGUUACUCCUGAGGUGGUGGAUGAAGCUCUUGCGGAGGACCAACCACAGAGAGCAUUAUUACUCAGUCUCCGCCUGAAUGAAGAUUCUCUAAUUAAAAAGUGCAUAUUUGCUGUGAAUCCAUCAGAUAUACCAACUGUUUCUUCAUCCAUACCUUUCAAAUAUUUGCAGAGGUUAAUUGAAGCAUUUGCUGAUCUUUUAGAAAGCUGUCCGCAUCUGGAAUUCAUUCUUCAGUGGAGUCAGGAGCUAUGUAAGGCUCAUGGUCAUUUCAUCCAGCAGAAUUCCAGAAGCCUGCUUCCAGCACUAAGGUCCUUGCAGAAGGCAAUCACAAAACUGCAUCAGGAUCUGACAGAUACAUGUUCUUCCAAUGAGUAUUUACUCCGAUAUCUAUGUUCUUCAGGCACCAAGGGCUGAUGGAUGGUUAUUCAUGCUGGCCCAUUCGUAGAGACUCAUAUGGAUUAAAGACCAAGUCCUGCCUCUUCUAUGCUUUGACAUCUGGUAUUACGAGAUCGAGACCAUGAUCUGACACUUAUAUGCCAUACCAUCAUUUUGGCGGCUGUUAGCUGAAAUUCUUCCUGUCAGAUUCAUCAGAGCAGAUGGCCUGGUAAUAUGACAUCCUUGAUGCAUGAAAUCCUGAAAUGUCGGACUGGGGGUGGCUAGUGAAUUUCUGCUUCCCUCAGCAACCUGGAUUCCAGAAAAUUUGAUGUUUCCAACGUCCCAAAUUCAAUUAACAAUGUGGUCAACAAUUAUUCACUGGAUUAAUUUCCUAGAAUGAGUGAGUUGUUUCAGAAAAUUAAGGAAAAUUAUUAUCUAUAUAUGCAUUUUAUUUUUGAUGACUGGGUCCCUAAGAGCGAGAUCAUGAUGGCUUUGAUUUGGAUGAUGUCUGCAUAUUUCUGUGCUAUGUAGACUACAAUUUGUAUCUAUAGUUUGAUGAAAGUGCAGAAAGCAACAUGCUAAUAUGGGUUAUUUUAUAAAUCCAGAUAUGUUUAUUGC